ACCCCACUCUGGCGAUGGGAUAGUAAAUAUGCAGUUAUAACAACAUUCGAAUUGGGCAAGAGGAGUUCAUCUACUAGUAGAAAUUUAAAAAUGAAAUGUCAAACAAGAGAUCUUGAAAAGAAGGCAAGGCCAGUCAUAGGUAAAAUAACUAAUGCAAGAAAACUCAGGCAGAAUGGAAUGAUUCAACAAAUUCUUACUUAUCAGUAAGACCAACGAAGAGGCCCCCAUCUACCUAUCCUCUAACCUCCGUUCAUGCUCAUUUCAUUCUCGUGAUGCUACUACUUACUAUUUACCAAGGUAACAAAAUUUCACCUAUAAAUUAGCUUGGGGAGUUGAGCUGAGGCAUAUUACUGACAAUGGGAACUCAUGUAGCAGAAUGCACACAACAGCAAGAAGAAGGUGAGCACAUUUUCCGUAGUAGAUAUCCUCCGGUAGAUGUACCAGACAAUGUGACUCUCCCGGAUUUUGUGCUUCACAAUGUAGAGUUAUACGCUGACAGACUCGCGUUUGUGGAUGCUACUACUGGCAAAGGAUACACCUAUGGCGAAGUUGCCAGAGAUAUACGGAGGUUUGCCAAGGCCUUGAGGUCCCUUGGCUUAAGAAAAGGAAGGGUUGUGUUGGUAGUCCUCCCAAAUGUACCGGAAUAUGCUAUUGUUGCUCUCGGAAUCAUGGCUGCUGGUGGUGUCUUUUCCGGUGCAAAUCCAGCAGCUCAUUCAUCGGAAAUUAUGAAACAAGUUGAAUCUGCUGAUGGCAAGCUUAUUGUCUCUGAUCUACCAACCUAUCACAAGGUGAAAGAUUGUGGGCUGCCAGUAAUUAUACUAGGCGAAGAACGUGUAGAAGGAACAAUUCAUUGGGAUGAAUUGCUCGAAGCUGCAGAUCGUGCCAGUUCCAGAACUGAUCAUAUAACAAACCAAGAAGACGAAAUUGUGCAGCAAAGUGAUUUAUGUGCAUUACCCUUUUCAUCAGGCACGACAGGACUAUCCAAAGGAGUGAUGUUAACUCACAGAAAUCUAGUAGCAAACCUUUGCUCUACACUCUUUAGCAUUAGUCCAGAAAUGGUCGGUCAAGUUACAACACUAGGUCUUAUACCAUUCUUUCACAUUUAUGGUAUAACCGGAAUUUGUUGUGCAACUAUUAGGAACAAAGGGAAAGUUGUGGUCAUGCGUAGGUACGAACUGAGGGCAUUUCUAAAUGCGCUCAUCACACAUGAAGUCACAUUUGCACCUAUUGUUCCACCUAUCAUCUUGGCACUUGUUAAGAAUCCGAUUGUUGAUGAGUUUGAUCUGAAAAAGCUUAAGCUUAGAUCCAUCAUGACAGCUGCUGCUCCACUUGCGCCUGAGAUUCUUAACGAAUUUGAGAAGAAAUUUCCGGAUGUUCAGGUCCAGGAGGCAUAUGGGAUGACCGAGCACAGCUGCAUUACUCUUUCACAUAGCAACCAACACAUUGCUAAAAGAAAUUCCGUUGGUUUUAUUCUACCUAAUUUGGGGGUGAAGUUCGUUGAUCCUGAUACCGGUAGAUCUCUCCCCAAAAACACACCAGGAGAGAUAUGUGUCAAAAGCCAAUGUGUUAUGAAGGGUUACUACAAAAAUGAAUCUGAGACUUGCCUUACCAUUGAUAAGGAUGGGUGGCUUCACACUGGUGACAUUGGCUACAUUGAUGAUGACGGGGAUAUCUUUCUGGUAGAUCGUAUCAAAGAGCUCAUCAAGUACAAGGGAUUCCAAGUUGCUCCAGCUGAAUUAGAGGGGAUCCUUCUCACACAUCCUUCAGUGGAAGAUGCUGCAGUUGUUGGGCUGCCAGAUGAAGAAGCUGGAGAGAUACCAGCAGCAUGGGUAGUCUUGAACUCAAAAGCAAAAGAAAGCCAUGAAGACAUCAUCAACUUCGUUGCAUCAACCGCUGCACAUUAUAAACGAGUGAGAGUGGUGCAAUUCGUGGAUAGCAUUCCGAAAUCUCCUUCUGGAAAGAUAAUGAGAAGACUUAUCAAGGAAAAGAUGCUAGAAAAACUUAAAGAGGGCAGAGAGUGAUGUUACAAGUACAUUAUUCUACCAUACAAAAGCAUACUCAUCUCAAGUUGGUACAGACUUGCCGCCUACAUUCUAUCUUCAUGUUCUGUAGAACUUGGAACUUGCAGUGUACAACUUACUCCAGAAGAAUAAUAAAACACAAUUGUGUUAUUUCAUAAUUAAAAGAUGAGAUCUAAUCCUAGAUGUAAAAGAUAUUGGAC